AUGCCAGACCUAUCCCAGCCUGAUCUAUCCCAGCCCUAUCCCAGCAUCCCCCAGUCCCUCCCAGCAUCUCCCAGCCCCUCCCAGCAUCUCCCAGCCUAUCCCAGCAUCUCCCAGUCCCCUCCCAGUCCCUUCCCAGUCACUCCCAGCAUCUCCCAGCCCCUCCCAGCAUCUCCCAGUCCAUCCCAGCAUCCCCCAGCCCCUCCCAGCAUCUCCCAAUCACUCCCAGCAUCUCCCAGCCCCUCCCAGCAUCCCCCAGUCCCUCCCAGCAUCCCCCAAUCCCUCCCAGCAUCUCCCAGGCAUCUCCCAGCCCCCUACCAGACCACUCAAAUAACACCCCAACCUCCCCCAUGCCUCCCACAGUGCGGUCGUCCAGCCCAGACCACCCUCGACUCACUGGACUGGGGGAGAUUGAGUGAAGAUGGGGAGAGAGCUGGGGAGGAGAGAAUAGCUGUUUUGGAAUUUGAGCUGAGGAAGGCCAAGGAGACUAUACAAGGUCUUCGAGCUACCCUUACUACUGCCACAGUCGCCCGCCAAGCUUGGUUCAACUGUUACGAAGAGGGUGGUGGAGGUGGUGGCGGUGGUGGCGGUGUUGGCAGCCCCCUCGACCCCAGCCACAGCACCACCACCACCGCGACACAGACUGUGGAGGCGGUGGAGGAGGUGGAGAGGUUGAGAAUAUUGGUGGAGGCACAGGAGAGAGAGCUCGAGAAACUGCGACACCAACUCACCACCACCCCCACAGCCACCGCAAGCACCCCAGCCGACAGAACGCAGGGGGAGGGGCAGCCGGCCCACCACCCAGAGCCCAACCAGCGUAGGGAGCCAAGUGGACACAGGUCGCGAGAGUCCAGAGGGAACGUCAGACAGCGAAGGGGCUGGUGGGGGGGGCAGCAGCGGUACAGGGGUGUCAGGAUUCGUAAUGGUUGCCCCGCCAGGCAGCCCCCACAGAGGAGGAAGCCCCAGAAUGCAGCCCCGAGGAGUCUGUCGAUGAUUUGCUGGCUGACGGUGCUGACGUGGGUGCUGACAGGGCCCAGAUCACCCCAGAUGACUCAAUAA